AUGCUUAUGACACUUGACAGUGCCGGCGUGUGGUUAGGGCAGUUAACCGCCCAGGGCGCAAUGAAAAGGGCGGCACUGGACUGUGAAUUACACUGGCUUUCGCCCAGGGCGCUAGAGCAAUCCCACAAAUCGUACCGUCCGCUGACCGUGCUAACGUUCCGUUGGAACUACGCGGUGCACGGCUUACAACCCGCCGGAUACCACCUCGUUAAUGUACUGCUGCACGCGCUUGUCUCCCUACUAUAUUACAGGGUGUGCGCAAUGUUCCUACCAGAAUUUGCGAGUUUCGUGGCGGCCAUCUUGUUUGCGGUGCAUCCCAUACACACCGAGGCGGUGACGGGUGUGGUCGGCCGAGCAGAAAUGCUGUCGUCCGUGUUCUUCCUGGGGGCGUUGCUGUGCUACGCCCGAGCUGCCAGCAGAAGACGAUAUACAGAUUGGCGGUAUUUGGUUGCGUGCACGGGUUGUGUGGGUGUCGCCAUGCUGUGCAAGGAACAAGGCAUCACAGUAACCGCUGUUUGCGUCGUCUACGAACUCUUUGUGGCGCAAAAGCGCCGCGGCUUAGUGCUAAGUGGUCGGUCGUGGCUGGAAGCCUGGGGUAAAGCAGGCUGGGGCUGUGGAUGCGGUGAAGCGGCGCGUAGAGUUGCUACCGUAUGCUGUGCGACCCUGGCCCUGUUAGCAGCUCGCCUGCACGUAAUGGGCGCACAGCUGCCUGUUUUCACCAGAUUUGAUAACCCGGCGGGAGCUGCGCCGCCACCCGCUAGACAUUUAACGUUCGCGUACUUACCCGCACUGAACGCGUGGCUGCUAACGCUGCCCGAGGCCCUGUGUUGCGACUGGACCAUGGGCACAGUAGCAUUAUUGCGGUCCUGGAGAGAUCCUCGCAACAUGGCCACCGUCGCGCUGGCUGCACUCCUUAUAGCAGCCGCGGUACAUGCUCUCAGGACACGGUCUUCUGCAUUGUCUAUGGGUCUCGCACUACUAGUGCUGCCAUUCCUGCCAGCAUCGAACCUGUUCUUCCCCGUGGGGUUCGUAGUGGCGGAGCGAGUGCUAUACAUGCCGUCGAUGGGCUGGUGCCUGCUGGUGGCGCACGGCUGGCGGCUGCUGGCGCGCAGAAGAGCUACCGUCGCUGCAGGAGCACUCAUCUUCCUGCUACUCGCCUUCAGCGCCAAGACCUAUGUCAGGAAUUGGGACUGGAAGACUGAAUAUUCAAUUUUUGCGUCCGGACUUAAAGUGAAUCGUAACAACGCGAAGCUAUACAAUAACGUGGGCCACGCGCUUGAAGCUGAGGGCAAAUAUGCAGAAGCAUUGGAGUUCUUCAACACAGCAGUGAGCGUGCAGCCGGACGAUGUCGGGGCGCAUAUUAAUGUAGGCAGGACAUACAAUCACCUCGGACGAUACCAGGAGGCGGAGGAAGCCUACGUGAAAGCCAAAUCCUUACUCCCUAAAGCGAAACCAGGAGAAUCCUACCAAGCUAGAAUAGCUCCAAACCAUCUCAACGUAUUCCUAAAUCUAGCCAAUUUGAUAUCUAAGAAUGCGACCAGACUAGAAGAAGCCGAUAUGUUGUACCGACAAGCGAUCAGUAUGAGAGCUGAUUACACGCAGGCCUACAUAAAUAGAGGGGAUAUUCUUAUCAAAUUGAAUCGCACGAAAGAAGCACAAGAGGUUUAUGAAAGAGCAUUGUUAUAUGACAGUGGGAAUCCUGACAUCUAUUACAAUCUGGGCGUGGUACUGCUGGAGCAGGGCAAGGCGUCUCAGGCGCUGGCGUAUCUGGACAAGGCUCUGGAGCUGGAACCGGAGCACGAGCAGGCGCUGCUCAACUCCGCCAUCCUGCUGCAGGAGCUGGGCGCGGCAGACCUGCGGCAUCUGGCCAGACAGCGGCUACUCAAACUGCUAGAUAAAGAUGCGACGAACGAGCGCGUGCACUUCAACCUGGGCAUGGUGUGUAUGGACGAGGGCGACGCGACGUGCGCCGAGCGCUGGUUCCGCGCCGCCGUGCGCCUCAAGCCCGACUUCCGCUCCGCGCUCUUCAACCUGGCGCUGCUGCUGGCCGACCCCCCCCGACCCGCACGAGACGGACCCCUCAUAGCGAUACUAUCUGAACUGAACCGGUUUAAAGCGGUUUUAUCAGCAGAUGUGAUGACGAUAACUGGGAAACAUUAA